UUCGGUUCCACCACUACUUCGCUUCACACGCUUUUUUCCGUUUGCUCGGUUCGUUCGGCAAUUCAAAAUACAAAUUUCCAAAUUGACAACUUAGGCAGCAGCGUGCAAUUAAUGCGUAGGCUCAGCGGACAAAGUGAUCAGCAGAAAAGGCGUAUAAAAGUAAAUCGAAUCGGAGGUACCAGAUAUCGGUGAUUUUUAACACGGCGCGCGUGCUUCACACAUACAUACGCAGGCGCACGCACACAAACACGCGUGCACAAUUACGUGCCACUGACGCAAAACCGAAGAAGCAGUGAAAGAAAGGGGGAAUUGACAAAUAACAACGUUUGGCAAGCACUGGACUCUGGUCGCUGUGGUUCUUUUACUUCGAAUUGCCACGCAUGGACGACGAAGUCAUUGAAAUAAGCGAUAGCGAACGCGAAGAAACAUCAUCGAAUUCCGAAAUGGAUGUGGAAAUAACGGGAGAACAGGCGGCCGUCGACGCCAAUGUCGCAGCAGCAGAGGAAAUUGUGCCCAAGGACGCGGCAACCAUUGCCGAAGAGAAGAAGAAACUGGGCAACGACCAAUACAAGGCGCAGAACUAUCAGAAUGCACUCAAGUUCUACACGGAUGCCAUAUCGUUGUGUCCGGACUCGGCGGCGUACUAUGGAAAUCGGGCCGCCUGCUACAUGAUGCUGCUCAACUUCAACAGCGCCCUGACCGACGCCCGCCACGCCAUCCGCAUCGAUCCGGGCUUCGAGAAGGCCUACGUCCGGGUGGCCAAGUGCUGUCUGGCCCUGGGCGACAUCAUUGGCACCGAGCAGGCCGUCAAAAUGGUCAGCGAGCUGAACUCGCAGAGCACGGCUGUUGCUGGCGAACAGACGGCGGUGCAGAAGUUGCGCCAACUGGAGGCCACCAUACAGACGAACUACGACACAAAAGCCUAUCGCAACGUGGUCUUCUACCUGGACAGUGCCUUGAAACUGGCGCCCGCCUGCCUCAAAUAUCGUCUGCUGAAGGCCGAGUGUCUCGCCUUCCUGGGGCGAUGUGAUGAGGCCUUGGACAUUGCUGUGGGCGUCAUGAAGCUGGAUACCACGUCGGCGGAUGCGAUAUACGUGAGAGGGCUCUGCCUGUACUACACGGACAACCUGGACAAGGGAAUUCUGCACUUUGAGCGCGCCCUGACCCUCGACCCCGACCACUACAAGUCCAAGCAGAUGCGCAGCAAGUGCAAGCAGCUCAAGGAGAUGAAGGAGAACGGCAAUAUGCUGUUCAAGUCGGGUCGCUAUCGCGAGGCUCACGUGAUCUACACGGACGCCCUGAAGAUCGACGAACACAACAAGGACAUCAAUUCGAAACUGCUGUACAAUCGGGCUCUGGUCAACACACGUAUCGGCAAUUUGCGGGAGGCCGUGGCCGAUUGCAACCGGGUGCUGGAGCUGAAUAACCAGUAUCUGAAGGCCUUGCUAUUGCGCGCCCGCUGCUACAAUGAUCUGGAGAAGUUCGAGGAGUCGGUGGCGGACUAUGAGACGGCGCUGCAGCUGGAGAAGACGCCCGAGAUUAAGCGACUGCUGCGCGAGGCCAAGUUUGCGUUGAAGAAGUCGAAGCGAAAGGACUACUACAAGAUCCUGGGCAUAGGACGCAACGCCACCGACGACGAGGUCAAGAAGGCAUACCGCAAGAAGGCACUGGUACAUCAUCCAGAUCGGCACGCAAACAGCAGUGCUGAGGAGCGCAAGGAGGAGGAGCUCAAGUUCAAGGAGGUGGGCGAGGCGUACGCCAUUCUGUCCGAUGCCCGCAAAAAGGCGCGCUACGACAGCGGCCAGGAUAUCGAGGAGCAGGAGCACGCCCACUUCGAUCCCAAUCAAAUGUUCAGCUCAUUCUUCCAAUACAACGGCGGUGGCGGCAGUAGUCCGUUCAACUUUGAGUUUUAAGAUCCCAACGUGUUGUUCACCACCACAGAGAAGAAGACCAUCAAUCCCUCAUUUUCUGCCUCAUCGGAAGCCAACGCGACCCCAACACACAGCAGCGCACAAAUUAGAAACUUUUGCAUUUUUUUUUUCCAAAAACUUCAAAAAAAAAACACUUUGAUUAUGUUAACGAAAGAAUAUAUGCCAAGUUCUUUGGAAAUCCGUUCAAAAUCAAAUCACACAACUAAAUUUCUAGUGUAAUUACACAUUUUAAAAGUUUUUUUCGCGGAAUUUUUUGUCGACAUUAAAUCAUGAAAAAUAAAUCAAGGGAGAAUUAUGUUAAACAAACAAGAUUAUAUAUAACAAGUUGCUAUAUCCAGUUGUUGUUGGCUUCGCCGGCCUUGUGAACUCUGCGCCUGCGAUCGUUCAGAGUGUUUAGAGGAGUAAUUGAUUAAUUAAUGAUUAACGAAAGCGUAGCCUUAUUAAAUAACCAAUUUAUUUUUACCUAUUAAGCCAGACACUUAAGUUUCGUUUCUAAGUUACAAGACAGAAAAUGUAUGGUAAAACAGAACACAAACCAAUCAAAACGCAAUAACCCAUGCAAUUAAGUUUUCAUUUUGUGGAAUUAAACGAUGAAGAUUGUAAGUGAAGAAAAUACAUCAAGUAAAAUUAGAAACAAACAAAA